AUGGUUCUGUCCUUGGGCUACCGGCGCCCGCCUUAUGUCUCGUCUUCUCGCACCUCGCUCGAUUCCGAGAGGAGUGGUGCUGCGGACUCGAUGAGCUCUGGCUCAAGCUGUCCAUAUGGCAUUCCUGAGGCAUUGUCUUUCGAGAAGAUCAUCAGUGGCGGCACAUGUCCUCCCGUGACCACCCGCGAGUUCAUGGACUUCCUCCGCUACAUCGAGCACGCUCCCGAGAAUCUUCAAUUCUACCUCUGGUACCGUGAUUAUUGCAAACGCUUCGCCGAGCUUCCUGUCUCGGAGCAGCGGCUAGCACCAGAAUGGACAGCCGAACAAGCUUUGGCAGAGAGGACGGCUGCUGAAAAGGAAAAGCUGCCCAAGAAGGUCACUAGCAGUACCGCCGCAGUGUUUCGAGGGACAGACUUUGAGCGCACAAAUAAAGCGGCCUUGUCGGACGCGGCACCCAACCCUUUCAAUACACCUCCCCAGACGCCUUCUGCCAACGACCAUGAUAGCAAUGCUCCUUCGACUGUCGGCUUCAGUGACGAUAGUACGACCCUCCGGAGUGGAACCAUUAACCACAGCAAGAAAGCGGAGGCUGCCUUUGAGGGGGUCGGCGCUCUGCAGCCUUUCACUAUUCAGCCUUUCCGUGAGGAAAUCUCCCGCAUCAUUGCCACCUACAUUGUCGAAGGUGGUGCGAGGUCGCUCAAUCUCUCCUCCAAGGAAAAGGCUGUUGUCAUGAAAGCACUUUCGUUCACCACUCACCCUUCGGCCUUUCGAGAUGUCGUUGCUACCGUGGAAUGGUCUCUCCGUCACCAGGCUCACCCGAACUUCAUCCGAUGGACGAUUUGCAAUGGCAAUAAACCUCGUCAGACGUUCGCCCGCGGCCUCGGUGUUAGCGGCAUCGUCGCUGGUAUCGUCUAUGGAAUUGUCAUCACCUUGAGUUCGGCAAAUCGCGGCUGGAGAGCUCUUGCAUUCCUGGGUCUUUUCAUCGGUAUCGCAACCCUCUUUGCCGCGUGGAAGGGCAUGUGUGUGGUGCUGCACGGCAUGCAUCAUCGACAUCUCCGUCCCUGGGAGCUCUUUGAGGACGAAGACGCAGCGUCUUCCGACUAUGACCUCAAGAAGGACUCAUUCGACAGCUUUGGCUCUGCAAACAGCUGGGAGGACGAGCCUUGGGUCGCCAAAUAUGAAAAACGUAAUAUUAUCCGCAAGAUUUUCGACCGCGAGGUUUGGAUUCAAGAACCUGUUCUUCGCCAGAUCCAAGACACCAUCUUUGUGCAAGCUCUCAUUACUGCGUUCAUUAUCUCGGCAAUCAUAACUGCCAUCUUCCUGGCGGUAGGUCUGGACUCGAAUGUGAACUUUGCAAUGUCAUUCUAA